CCAUACUGGAUGAUACCAACUGCUCGUUACGUGCUAUGAAAUUAAAAUAAGCAACUGUACACAAUGUACAGCUCCAAUUAAAAAUAAUUAUUGUCUGCUGGUGAAAUCUAAAACCGUAUUUUUUAAUCAAGGCAGAAAUUGUCUUCUUAAAUCUAUUGUAACAUCUCGAAUAGCAUACCCGUUGUUCUCAACUCUGUGGUACAGUCAGUGAGCACUAUGGCGCUGGCGAGGAUUGGGACAUGUUGUCGGUCAUUAGUACGGGAGUCCUUUAGGGUAGCGAUUUGUGGUGUUUCACAGCCAGGCUGGAUUGAACGCUGUGUCGGAGCUAAAAGGCACCUGUUGUCAGAAGAUGUUAUCAAGCUGCAGAACUUCCAGCAGAGGAAGCUGGCUGUGGCGCACCUCGCCAGUGGAUCAAAAGGGAAUUAUAUUGAACUCUUCCGUGAGAAGCUGCAAAAGAAUGAGCUGAUACUAAAAGAUGAGCUGAAGCUUCUCCUCCACCUGUGCCAGUCUGCAGAUGACAUGGUGAUAGCCAGAGAUGCCAUAUAUAGGUAUCACGCAGAGAACCAUAACAUGAUGUAUGGAGACUUCAAAUUUGGUCCUGUCUUCAUGAGACUGUGCUAUGAGCUGGGUCUGGAGGAACUGGCUGCUGCUACAAUUACAGAUGAGAGGAUCAAGGGAUUUUUCACUGACUCAACUUCCUUUAACAUCGCCAUGGACAUGUUAUUCACAAAAGGCUCUUAUGAAGAUGCCCUGGAGGUACUGAGAUCCAUGAGGAACCAAGGUGUACCAUUCAACAAAGACACAUUCACACUUGCGUUUGGCACCUGCUAUAAACUGAACACCCCGGAGUCGUACAGGAUCUGCUCUGCUCUGAUGGAGGAGGGACAGACCAAAGAGCACUUAAUCCCCAGACAUGCUUACUGCUUUGCUGUAGCAUUAGCACUUCGACAGAAUGACAUUGAAAAUGCGCAGUCUUUGUAUUCACAAAUCAUGAGCACCGACAGCAGAUUAUGUCAAAAUUUGAAGGUGGUAAUAUUAGCAAAUUCUGGAGCAGUGACAGAUGCCAUUUCCGUGCUGUCUGCAGCAUUGUUGCCUAAAAGCCCUUCUUUUGUGAGGAAGCCUCAGUUUUCUCAGGAGGUGGUGGAUGUGCUGCGCUUGCAGAGCGAAGACCAGCCACACAUGAUGAAAGUGGAGCAGGUAGUGACUCAGCUUGAGCAAGCCAAUCAGAUCACCCAGUGGACCAUCGAUGAUAUGCUCUGCCACACACCCACAGGGAAGAGGAAACCAAUAAUGGUGGAGAGGAAGAUCAGCCGGAGGACCCUGAUGCCACUGCAGCACACUCUGCUGUCGGAGUGAGAGAAGCUGCACGCCGUCCACUUAGCUGAAGGCUUUGAUGUGAAGAUGAACUGAACCAGUCAAAAAAAAGAAAAGUUAGAGUUGACUUUGUCACGUUUAUCUUAUCUACCUCUCCUUAAACAUAGAUCUGUCAUCCCUCUGCCCAUCGGACACUUGCCCCUUUUUUGUCAUCCCUUCCUAAUCGGAACUCCAAGGUCAAAGGUCAUCGUUCAUUUUUUGUGAAGCAGGUAUUUCCACAGAAAGCUGCUGAGAGAAAACUACAGUUGUGUACAGAGCAAUUUGAGGAGAAAGUGUUGUGUGAAUGAAUGAUUAAAGAUGAUUUGGAUAUUUAAUAAUGAAAAA